AGAGGGGAUCCGUUCUGCUUCUAAAUUAUUCUCAAUAUUUGUAUUUGUGUUUUAUUUAGAUAUGUUCAGUUUCAUGCUUUGUGUUUGUUUUGACCGUUUUGUGUUAUGCAAGCGAUAUUGAACCAUAGAAAGAACAAUUAGAAUUCUAAAUUAUGUUCAUUUUCACUCUUCAAUUUCUCUUAAAUUUACGAAGAGUUCCAUUAAACAGUCAUUUUUUUUCUUCUUGAGAAGUUUAUCAAAUAACACUUAAAGUAAUGAAAUAACUGCUUUCGAUUUUGAGGCUGAAUAAUCAUUAAAAAGUCAUUGUUAUUAAAAGAUAUGGUCAAUGUUUUAAAAUUCAGAAGUUUGUCUUUAAUGUUUCAAACGUCUUAUGUUAAAAAAGUUUUAUUUUUGGGCUUCAGAAAGAUUUUUGUGGUGAAAUUAUUACUUUAAUUGUUCGUUGCAUAUCUUUGCAUUGCAUUCUUGUGUUCCCGUGUUCUAGUUUUACUGUAAAAUGACAGUUUUCUGUGACUACCUAACGGCAGUUUGUUUCAAAUAAUAGCAAUUCUGUAACUCACUCAGAUGUGCCUUCAAUUGGAUAUUGUUUCCACAUUAUGGUAUUUCAAAGUGAGUGCUGUAAAAAUUGUUGCUAUGGAAAUGGUAAAUGCCAUAGUUUCUUCUCGAGCACUUCUGCAAGAAAUGUAUCUUGGGAUGAUUCACUGCCUGUACCCACAUGUGUUUUGCCGUGGUCAACAUGGAUAGUGUUUUUUGCUUCUGUCUUCUGUUUUUAUAAUAGCUUAAAUGGAGAAUUUGUUUUCGAUGAUUCUGAAGCAGUAAUAAAUAAUUUAGAUCUGAAACCAGAAUCACCAAUAAUAAAUAUUUUCGAAAAUGACUUUUGGGGCACAAAAUUAACUCACAAUUCAAGUCACAAAUCUUAUCGUCCUCUCACAGUUUUAGCAUUUAGAAUAAAUCUUCAUGUAAUGGGUCUUCAGCCAUAUAGCUUUCAUUUUGUAAAUAUUCUUCUUCAUGGCACUGUCAGUGUGCUCGUGUUUAAAGUCUUAAGUAUUGUUUUUAUUAAAACAGUGGAAAAUGAAUCACCUAAAGCUGCCUUUUUAAGUGCCUUGCUGUUCUCAGUACAUCCUAUUCAUACAGAAAGUGUUGCUGCUGUUGUUGGGCAAGCAGAUUUAUUAUGUGGAAUAUUCUUUAUUUUCUCUUUCCUGUCAUACAUUCGAGCUACUGAUGUUGAAAAUAAAAACACUACUUUCUUGUGGUUGUGGAGCUGUGUUUUAUUUGCUAGUAUGGCAAUGCUAUGUAAAGAACAUGGAAUCACUGUACUUGGUAUCUGCUGUAUUUAUGAUAUGAUAGUUAUUUAUAAAUUUGAUUUUCAAGAUGUUUAUUAUGUGUUGCAAAGAAAGCAGGAAGUUCAGUGGUUCCUAACCUCAUUUUUAAAGAACAACUUAUGUUCUUUUUUUAUGAGGCAAAGUGUAUUGAUCUUUGGAGGAUGUUCUUUAUUAGCACUGCGAUGGUAUAUAAUGGGUUCUUCUACACCUGUCUUCCAACAAGUUGAUAAUCCUGCAUCUUUUGAAGAAAGUAUCUUUGUUAGGAUUAUCAAUUAUCACUACAUUUAUGCGCUGAAUGCAUGGCUGCUAUUUCAUCCUUAUUGGCUGUGUUUUGAUUGGUCCAUGGGCUGCAUUCCGCUCAUUCAUUCGGUAAAAGAUGGACGUAUUUUGGUUGUUAUAAUCUUUUGGUUAUUUUUUGGACAACUUUUGUACACAUGUAUUACACUUCAAGAUAAGAAAAUACGAAGGUUGUUGUGCUUAUCAGUCUCCUUCCUCCUGGUGCCUUUUCUCCCUGCAUCUAAUCUGUUUUUCCGAGUAGGAUUUGUUGUUGCUGAAAGAAUUUUGUACUUGCCAAGUAUGGGGUUUUGUUUACUUGUUGUAAUUGGUCUGAAACAACUUGGCAUUUACUUCGGACAAAAUCAUCAAAUAAUUUUUCAAUGGUGUAUCUUGAUUUUGCUGAUUGUUUUUGGAAUCCGAUGCGUCAAGAGAAGUGCUGACUGGAGUAACGAGGAAAAUCUCUUCCAAUCUGGUCUGAACGUGUGUCCUUUAAACGCCAAAGUUCAUUAUAACAUAGCAAAGAAUGCUGCUGAUAAUGGCAAUCAUGAAGUUGCAAUCAAACGAUAUAAAGAAGCUAUAAGGCUUAAUCCACACUAUGAUCAAGCAAUGAAUAAUUUAGCAAAUGUAUUAAAAGAUCAGGGUAAAUUGUUAGAAGCAGAAAAAUUACUUUUAUCUGCCAUUAAAAUAAGGCCAGAUUUUGCUGCAGCAUGGAUGAAUCUUGGCAUUGUUCAAUCAAGUUUGAAAAAAAUGAAUUCUGCUGAGAAAAGCUAUCUUACAGCUAUUCACUACCGUAAACGAUAUCCAGAUUGUUUCUACAAUUUAGGAAAUCUGUAUUUAGAACAAGGGCGGUAUGAUGAUGCUUACCGAGCUUGGAGGAAUGCCACUUCUUUGCAACUAUCUCAUCUGGUAGCAUGGAAUAAUAUGGUUAUAAUGCUGGACAGUAUUGGUGACUUAGAGAAAGCUGAAGCAGUUGGGCGUGAAGCUUUGCGACAUUUACCCUUUGAAGCAUCAGUGCAUUUCAACUUGGCUAAUACUCUUGGCAAGGCUGGAAAAUAUGUAGAAUCUGAAGAGCACUUUUUGAAGGCUAUAGAAUUGCAUAAAAAUAAUCCAACAUAUCAUGCAAAUUUAGGUGUUUUAUAUCAUAGAUGGAAGAAGUAUCAGUUGGCAGAAGAAUGCUAUAAAAGAGCCCUUGAAAUCAAACCUGAUAUGAAAAGCUCUAGACAAAAUCUUCGACUCCUUCAAAAAACAUUAAGCCGGUUCUAAAUAUUAAUUUCAAAACUUGAAAGCAUUUAAUUUUUCAUCAUUAAUUCAUUAAUGUUCCAUUUGAAAUGCACAAAAGUUCACCACUGAGUGCUGUACUCAGGGCUGUUGUAUGUAUACGCUGUUUUAAAUCAAAUCUUUUAGCUUUAAUAACUUUGAAAAAGUCUUUAAACCUAUAAUAUUGAGAAAGAUAAAUGAUUUUAUAUGUCACAUUUAUAUAUAUAAAUUAAAAUUUUAACGAAUAAACUAUUUUGUGCAACUUUUGAAAACCACUUUUCAUAUCAUGAACAGGUUGCUUAUGUAUUGUAUAUUCUUCUAUUGCAAUGUAGAUCAAAAAUGCAUUUUUUAUGAAAUGGGGACAUUUCCCCUUUUCUAUGUUUUUCUUCUUGCUGUAAUGCAUUAAGUAUCUGUGGUGCACUUACUACUUGUUAUAUCCAAGGGCAUAAUAUUUUGUAUGUUAUAAACUACUACUAACUACUACUAACUGAGCAAUGUGUAUAAUCUUCACUUAGCUGAACAUUUGAAUAUUCAGGUUUGUGUAAAACACUGAAUUGUUCAUGUAAUAAUUAAUGGCACUUAUGCAAUCCAGUAUUUUAUAGAAAUGCACAUAUUGACCUACACAUUAAGCAGUUUUUAUACAUUGAGCUACUGUGCCUUAAAAUUGAUUGAAUCAAAUCAUAUUUAAACUUUGAAAAAAAAAGUAAGUUUGUGGGGAGUGGAGUAGGUAUACUGCUGGGGGGCAGAUAAAGGGAGGUAACUGCACAUUUUUCAAUUUUCAUUUGUUUUCAUCUAUUGUACAUAAGCUUUGUUGUACAAGCUUGAUUUUUUUCAUUUCCGCUGAAAGAAAUGUGCGAAAAAGACGCCUAAUUCCAACAUUUCCCUAAUGUUAGUAUUGAAUCCAAAGCAUAUUUCUUCAAAUAUUUCAAAAACUACUUUCUGCAGACACUACCGUUUACUUGCCUUUUUUCUUUUCGUUAUUCCAAUUAUUAUUUAGUGUUCAUUGUUAAAAAUACAAGAAAAUAGUAAAAAUUUUAAUUGAUAUAUCACUUACCUGUUUGUUCUGCUAUGCAUAUAUUACUUGAUCAUAACAUCUUGACCAUUUUAAAAAAUUUAAACUUUCCAUACAGUAAAAGCUAAGCUAUUCAGUAAGCACAAAAGGAAUGCCAAAUUCUAAAUACAUGAAUUUUUUGGAUGUUUGAGGACAUGAAAAUUCUGGCCCAUUUUAAAAUGUUGAAUGGUAUAAAAGUUACAAGAAAUAAAAAGCCAAAAUUUUAUUUUUAAUGUUUCACAGUAAAAGCAACAUUUAGCAAGAAUCAAAUUUUUAUAUCAUCAUUUUUAUGAAAGUUGCUUUGUUAAAAAUGAACUAUUCUCAUGGUGCAAGUGAAAAGUUACACAUUUCUAGUAUAAAAUUCAUUGGUUAUAUGUUAUUUUUAUUAUUUUCAAAGUGUUUAUUUUAAAACUUUCAUGCCAAUUUUGAA